CGAUAAACAUAACCUUACUCCAAAAUGCUACUACAGAAUGGUCAAUAGAAAAUAUUCCUUACGGUGGUUAUGUAUACUAUAGUUAUUUGGUAAAUGAGAACAGUCGUAUCAAUGUUUAUGGAUACUAUUUAAACGAAAUCGAAAUGUUUUUUAAAAAAUGGGAUUUUCCAGAACCAUCAGUUUUAAAUUUGCAAGGAAUUUUGAUAAUUUUGCCUAAUAAUACUAUGUUAGUAUCACAAAUAGAAAACCUUAAUACGUGGAGUUUUUUGACCACUGAUAUUCCCAAAUUCAUAGAUAAAGAUAAUGGUUAUUCAAAUUUUCAAGUAAAGUCAACAAAUCCCUCAAUAAAUGACAAUAUUUCAACUUCAACAAAAAAUAUUACAAUUACAUAUUAUGAACCAGUGGAACUUUCUGAUGGAAAUAUUGCGAUUUAUCAAAUUGAUAAUAGUGGUAACAAAAUUAUUCGACAAUUUGUUAAUGGUAUCAAAAGUCCCGAUUUUUGUUCCAUUUCUGAUAAUGGAUUAACUGUAACUAUAAAAGUUAUCAACAGUACAUUUAGUAACCCCAGUAGCAAAUUUUAUGUUAAAGUUGACAAUCAAUGUGAAGAAACUUUAGCAGACAAAGUAUCUGGAGUUUUGCGCUUGAAUACAGAAGGCACUGAACUCUACGAAAAUCUUAAUUCAGCUGAGAAAGAUCAAUUCUUUACAGAUCUGCAUCUUGAGUUAUCUAAAAUUAUUCCUGUUAAUAUUAAGCGACUAAGUUCAAAUAGGAAAACCCAAGUUGAUACCACUGUUAAACCUAGUCAUCAAAUACUUAUUUCACUUAACAUCGAAUCAUCCAAAGAAGAAAGAAGUGUAACAUCUAUUAUAGAUGAUUUAAAUGAAAUGAUCAAAUAUAAAAGCAUAACUUCCAUUAGCUUAAACCCUACCACAAAAUAUUUAGAUGAAGAUUUUGGAUUUCAACCAAAACCCAACUUAUGGGGUGAAUACAAGUGGAGAUUUUUGGGCAUUAUAUUAGCGUUUGCAAUUUUAGUGGCUCUUUUUUUAAUAGCACAAAAAAGAGAAUGCAAGGGUCGUAACAUAGCGAUUUUACAAUUUGGAUUAAUUAUUUUUGAUUUUGUAAUGGAUGUCCUUUUCGUCAGUAAAAAUGGUAAAGUUAUUGAAGUAUUAUACAUUCCAAGUGAUGAAAACAAAUCCAAGGCUUUCUUGGAUUGGUUCACUCGACAUGAAAAGGUGGCAUCAGUAUUUACAGUUAUAUCGAGUGCUGACAUUGAAACAUUAAGUAUUCUCUAUUCAAAUUUUGCCGGAUUUAAAUUUUUCCAAGCUCCAAUUUCAACUAAAGGAAAAAAUCGAAUCUUUUGGGCUUCUUGCUUAACCAUUUUUGUUGAAGAUAUACCGCAGUUGAUCAUUCAGUUAUUAUACCAUUAUAGUGUGGUUACAUAUGAUAUAAUUCCUCUUCUUGCACUCGCUUCCUCAUGUCUUAGCUUGUUAUUAAAUAUCAUUGGCAGAUUAUUUCAAGCAAUAAAUAGCUGUCGACCUGGAACUUUGGAAGAUGACAAUACACAGAAUCAAGAUUAUUUUGAUGGAUUUCGAGAACUUCAGACACUGGCUACUGAAAAGAAUUUUACUUCAGACAUAUCAACAUCGCAUUAA